CGACGAUUUUGCUUUAUUUUCGAUUUUCCAAAUGAUUGACUUUUAGAUUUUUCUUCUGAAAUGAGAUUGGAAGAUUGUUUCCAACAUUUUCUAUUUCGAUUGAAACAGGUUUUAAUGACUUAAUUUUGAUUUCUUUUACAAGGCAUAUUCGAAAAGAGCGAAAAAUAAGUGAAUAUUUUGUGCCACAACUUUUACAUCAGGCUACAUUAAAUGGAAAAUUACUAAGGAAUAAAAAAAAACGUCAAGAUGUAUAUCAAGCACCGUACGUAUGGAUUCAAUUUAAUCAAGUUAAACCAAAUGUAUUAAUCAAUGUUAUAUGUCGAGUAUUUGAUGCAAAUAUUAAUUUUGAUAAACAAUCAUCUCGAGCUCUAACACGUUUUCAAAUAUAUAUAAAAGAUAUACCAAAAAGUAUAUUAUCAAGUUAA